UUUACCACAGAUCAAAUUAAAAAUCGCAGGAAAGAUAUUCCUAUUCACGGAGGCUACACGCGGUGGAGUUACUGGUCUCGCUGUAGCAAAACAUGUGGAUGGCCAUGGGGAACUCAGUAUCGCUCUCGUACAUGUACUAAUCCUCCGCCAGCAAACAAAGGAAGAAGCUGCCUGGGAGCAGACAAAGAAAUUAGAAAAUGUAACAAGCGUAAAUGUCCAGUUCACGGUGGCUACUCGUUGUGGUCUAGUUGGUCUCGUUGUAGUCAGUCUUGUGGUCCGGGAUUGGAAUACCGUUCCCGUUCCUGCACAAAUCCUUGGCCAGCAUACGGAGGACGAGGAUGUAGCAGCCUUGGACCAAGUAGAGAAAGGCGGAGUUGUUACAUUAAGCCAUGCCCAGUUCAUGGCGGCUACUCGCGGUGGUCUCAUUGGUCUCAGUGUAGCAGGUCAUGUGAUGGAGGAAAGCAAGAUCGUUAUCGUUCGUGCACCAACCCCCUGCCUGCGAACGGAGGAGAAGACUGCAGCAGACUGGGACAAGCUAAAGAGUCAAGGACGUGUAACACAUACCGGUGCCCAGUUCACGGUGACUACUCGCAGUGGUCCAGUUGGUCUCGUUGUAGCCAGUCUUGUGGUCUGGGGAAAAAAUACCGUGUUCGUUCCUGCACAAAUCCUUGGCCAGCAUACGGAGGACGGGGGUGUUUCAGUCUUGGACCACGGACAGAAUCACGGACUUGUAACAUUCAGCUGUGCCCAGUUCAUGGUGGAUAUUCGCAGUGGUCUCAUUGGUCUCAGUGUAGCAGGUCAUGUGGCGGAGGAAAGCAACAUCGUAAUCGUUCAUGCACCGAUCCCCCGUCUGCAAACGGAGGAAGAGACUGUAGUCGACUGGGACGAGCUAAAGAGUCACGGACAUGUAAAAAACACCGGUGCCCAGUCGAUGGAGGGCUUUCAAACUGGUCUUCCUGGUCUCAAUGUAGCGUCACAUGUGGAAAUGGAACUCAACAGCGUCAUCGAUCGUGCUCCAAUCCACCUCCUACAAACGGUGGAAAACAAUGCGAAGGAUCCACUCAGGAAUCACAAAUAUGCUCCUAUGAAAUGUGCCCGAAACCAGUUGCUGGAGGGUAUUCAGACUGGUCUUCCUGGUCUCAGUGUAGUGUCACAUGUGGUAAUGGAACUCAACAGCGCAACCGAUCUUGCAACAACUCGAAACCUAGAAACAAUGAAACAACAUGCCCGGGACCUGCUCAGGAAACACGCUUAUGUCCCCUUGAAAUAUGUCCAACAUCAGUUUCUGGACGGUUUUCAGACUGGUCUUCCUGGUCUCAGUGUAGUGUCACAUGUGGUAAUGGAACUCAACAGCGCAACCGAUCAUGCACCAAGCCACCUCCUGCAAACAAUGGAACAUCUUGCAGGGGUCCUGCAAAAGAAUCACGAACAUGUGCCUUUAAAGCCUGUAACACUUUAGUUGUGAUAAAGAAACCGCCCUGCCGAGAUUAUGCAAGCAACGACAUGUGUAUCAGAUGGAAAUCAGAGGGCCAUUGUAAAAGCGUUAAACACGUUCAAAACCAAUGUGCAAGGACUUGUGGAAGGUGUAAACAAGAUAUUUCUGUUAAUGGUGGCUACAAACAGUGGAGUCCCUGGAGUUGGUGUAGCGAGCCAUGUGGUGGAGGAACUCAAACUCGGAUUCGCACAUGCACCAAACCCCCACCCACAAAAGGUGGCAAAGGCUGUAGCGGAUUGGGAGGAGCUAAAGAAUCACGAAUAUGCAACAUAUUCAGCUGCUCAGUUUGCAGGAAUUCUCUGGAUGACACUUACUGCAACGAGAUGAAGAAAAGCUGUUCCGACAAUUCAAAGUUUGAACAAUAUUGUAAGCUGACAUGCGAGAUCUGCUCAGGUCCAGUUCAAUCUGUGCUCAGUGCGAUUCAGUCACCGAAAAACUGAAUGCAAUAUUGUCCUUCAAAAUCUGAGGUGGCUGAAAUACACACUAGGCUACUAAGUUACUAAUUCUUUUCAAAUUGUCUAUUGCGGAAUUUAAAAUGACUUUUAAUUAAUUUAGUUUACCGCUUAUACUGACCCCAUUAAACUGUAUUAAAAUGUUUACAA